AGUGUUGUUCGGUUCUGACGCUGUCAAAAUGUGUUGAUUUUCCCUAAAUUUCCAGUGUUGCACCGAAGCUAGCCGCCCGAAAUGAAGUUUGCCGAGCAUCUGGCAGCCCACAUUACGCCGGAAUGGCGGAAGCAGUACAUCAUGUACGAGGAGAUGAAAGCUCAACUGUACGCAGCGGUUGAGCAAUCGCCAUCGGCAGAGCUAGUUGAUCCGGAGGUGCUGACGAGGUACUUUGCCAAGUUCGAUGAGCAGUUUUUUCACUAUUGCGACAGUGAGCUAGCUAAGAUUAAUACAUUCUAUUCAGAAAAGCUUGCUGAAGCGACCAGAAAGUUUGCCAACCUCCGAUCGGAGCUGAGUGAAACCCUCGAGCUCGAAGAAUCGACCAAAAAGAAAAAGGACAAUCUCCAUCGGGUGAAGAAGAAUCUUCUCCGUAAGAAAAAUGUAUCCGUUCGCAAGAUACAAGAACUGAAACUCGCCUUCAGCGAGUUCUAUUUGAGUUUAAUUCUGCUGCAGAACUAUCAAACCUUGAACUUCACCGGCUUUCGGAAGAUACUCAAGAAGCACGACAAGCUAUUGAAUGUGGAUUUCGGCGCACGUUGGCGAGCCGAACACGUGGAAUCGGCUCACUUCUACACGAACAAAGACAUCGAUCGGCUGAUUCAUGAAACGGAGAACAUUGUGACCAACGAGAUCGAAGCCGGUGAUCGGCAACGGGCCAUGAAGCGUCUCCGAGUGCCACCUUUGGGAGAGCAACAGAGUCCGUGGACAACUUUCAAGGUUGGACUGUUUUCUGGAUCGCUAUUGGUUCUGUGCGUGGCGGUGCUACUGUCGGCCAUGUUUUACGAUUACAGAGAUGACUGGAUUGUUGCUUUCCGGUUGUACAGGGGUCCUCUCUUGAUGGUGGAAUUUUUAUUCCUAUGGGGAAUCAAUGUCUACGGUUGGCGAUCAUCUGGUGUAAAUCAUGUUCUGAUAUUCGAGUUGGACCCUCGAAACCAUCUCUCCGAGCAACAUCUGAUGGAGCUGGCAGCAAUCUUCGGUGUCAUGUGGACACUGAGUGUCCUAGGCUAUCUGUAUGCUGAGUCUUUGAGUAUACCGGCCUAUUUGAGCCCCCUGGUGCUGUAUCUGCUGAUGACGGCUUUCCUGUUCAAUCCAACGAAAACAUUUCGCCAUGAGGCACGCUUCUGGACAAUCAGAAUAGUUAGUCGAAUAGUAUUAGCUCCAUUUUUCUUCGUUAAUUUCGCUGAUUUCUGGCUGGCGGAUCAGCUCAACAGUAUCGUACCCGCAUUUCUGGACGUGCAAUACUUGAUCUGUUUCUACUCUACCAUUACCAAUUGGAACCAUGCUGAGAAUCCAAAUAAAUGCAUCGAAAACUCGCUGUGGAUUCGAACGAUCGUGGCCAUGCUACCGGCCUGGUUCCGUAUGGCGCAGUGUUUAAGGCGAUUUCGCGAUUCUCGGGAUGCCCAUCCACAUCUGGCGAAUGCUGCCAAGUACUCGACGUCAUUCUUCGUGGUGGCAUUUUCAUCGCUGACGCAGGCUACCCGAGAUCAGUACGAGAAGAACACUGACAAUCCGUGGUUUUAUUUGUGGAUCAUUGCCUCGAUUGUGUCGUCCUGCUAUGCGUACACAUGGGACAUCAAGAUGGAUUGGGGAUUGUUCGAAGCAAAGGCAAAUGAUAACAAGUUCCUGCGGGAUGAGGUGGUCUACAGUUCGAAUUGGUUCUACUAUUUUGCCAUCGUGGAGGACCUGAUCCUGCGGUUCGGUUGGACACUGUCAAUGAGCCUCAUCGAGAUGGGCUACGUUGACCGGGAGAUAAUCGUGUCAAUUCUCAGCCCGCUGGAGGUUUUCCGGCGGUUUAUCUGGAACUAUUUCCGGUUGGAGAACGAGCAUUUAAACAACUGCGGUAAUUUCCGUGCCGUGCGCGAUAUUUCCGUUGCUCCGAUGGAUUGUUCAGACCAGACAACGAUUUUGCGUAUGAUGGAUGAAGAGGAUGGUGUACGGAACCCGCGAACGGUGAAGAAAAUGAACGCCAAGAAGAAAACCGAGCAGCGGCUGCUCCUACGAGAGGCAGAAUCAACGGAGGAUUUGGAAAUGAAUUCGAAUCAAAACAGGAAGGUCCAGUGGGAAAUAUAGGCCAUGGACAAUCACACAAUUGGGAACAACCUGCUAUAAAUCCAAACCGAAUCAAACCAAACCAAGCCCGAUCCUCUGACCUAGAUUUCCCCCUGAGCGAGAAUCACGUUCGAAACCCACAAAUCCUGAUGAACACUGCACUGAACCACCACCCUCCCACCACCACCGUUGUUGUUGUCGUAGUCGUUUCAUCACGUAAUGGAUAAUUGGAAAAUAUACGUUUAUCGAAAUUGUUGUUGGACCAGUUGCGAAACCAAAUAUCCCCGAUAGAGUGAUGUAUUUAUUUACAGCGAAGUAAAUAAGCUAUAGGAGAAUUUUCAACGCCUAGCCUGAGAUGGAUAAUAUUUUUAGUUUGGUAA